UGCCAGAAAAUGAAAUGUGAAUGAAAACUGUAUUGUAUAUUACACCCUUACAUUUGUUCUGUAUAGGUUUCUAUCUCACAUAUGAAUAAUAAUCACCAACCGCAAAUACUCCGUUAUUAUUUCCUCUCAAAUGGUUAGUAUGAAGAAGCUCUCGGGAUUUCGACAACUAUCAUUAAACUGCGAUUCUCCUCAAACACCGCCACGAAGACCACCGUUGAGGAAACAAUUUUCCGAAGAUAUCAACGACUACAAAGCUUGGCCAGAGCACGAUUUGACCAUCAAAAUAUCAUUAAACAAUAGAAACCUUAGAAAUCCAUUUAUAAAAAAUGCUUGGAUAGAGAACGCGCUUGAAAUUUCAAAAGAAGAUCCGGUUAUAAUCAAAAAAUGUAGCGAAAAUAGAAGAAUUCCACCGAAUAACUUAGUCAAGCAAACCUCUCUAGACAAAGAAACUUUGAAAUCACGACAAGAAUUAGCUGAUAGAUUAAAACAAACUUUAAAAACGCAAGAGCAAAAACCCAACAUUAGAAUUUUUUUAGCGCAACACCCCAAAGAACCCGAAAAACAAGAAGACCUGAACGAACCACCGAAAUUAAUACCGUCUCUCACAACUGGUAUCGUAGAUAACGAUAAAAGUUCCUUCAAAUUGCGGAAAAAUGCCAAACAAAAAAUGAUUUUCAAUACCUCACAAGAUAACUGGCAAGUGCCAAAUAAAAAACCCGUCGUCGAUCAAGAUAACGAAAGCGUCUUAACAAACGAAAAAAUAUCUUGCAAUGAAGUUAAACCUAUAGAUUCGGUGAUUAUAAGACCGGCGACAGCAGCAUCGAAAAGAGAAAUGUUUCAAAAACGUACAAAUUCUGCUUUUAACACUACCGUAAACGUAAAAGACACAACGAAACUCAGAAAACCACUCAUCAGAUCAUCAUCGGCUCCGUGUAAACCGGAACGUAUAAAAACAAAAAUGUUAAGCAAAAAUAGUAAGCACAAAUCGCUUAAAAAAGUUCAAACCAAACCUCCUAAAAACGAAGAAGUCGAUAAGGUUACCGAGGACAAUCCUAAGAGUCAAAAAGAACUUAAUAGAACUGCUGCAGUACAAGGGAACGACGUGGUCACCAUGGUAUCUUUAAUCAGUCCAAGUGGAAGCGAAUGUGAAGAAGAAGAAGACGAUAUAGAGGAAGAUAAAAUGAAAAGUAAAAAUGAAAACAUAAAUACUGAUAAAACUAAAGAAAAGCUUGAGGAGCAGAAGCCGCCCCCGAAAAUUAUGUCGCUAAGGAAAGCCGUUAAAACUGGCUCUUUGGAUAAACAAAUAUUAAAAACCAAAUGGGAAUUGGUGUUAUGGGACUUGAAUUCUCGCAGUUUGCGCUACGGGGACACCACUAUGCCCCCGCAAUUGAAUAUCGAUAACCGCCAAUCACGAAAUACCACCAUAAUGGACGACUUUAAAAAUAUUUUUUUGUUUUUAGUAUCAUUUCAACAGUCCAGUAUACAUGCCAUCAGAAGUUUUUCUGCUAGUUUUCCCGCACGAAGAGCUUCAGUAACCGCUGCAAUGAUGUUGAAUAACCAUUUGAAUAAUUCCACGAAGGUACAAGAAAAGAGAAGUACCAAUACUUCAACACCCGAUGACGACGAAAGAGUGCCAAAACGACGUCUGGUUAGAUGCAAUACCGGAGAUACAAAGACUAACAGUUUUGAACAAGAGGAGAAACUGGAUGAACAUGAAACAAGUGGAGACCAAAGCAAUGUUACAUCAAAUUUUGGAGUGGAAAUAAAAGCUAAGGAAUUCACUGAGAAUCUAAUCAAGGAUACCAAUAAACAAUCUACUAUGGAUGAACAAGGUGAUAAACUUGAAUCGGAAGCUGAUGAAGAGAAUAAAGAUAAUGACGCCAAAAAGGAAGCUAAUUCGAAUCCGGCUUUGAAAUCACACAAAGAAAAACAAUGUUGGUCGAUGUACUGCAAGAUGUCCGAAAAAGGCGUUAAUAUUUCUUUCGAUACUAUAUUAAGAGGAAUGUUGACUCCGACAGAAUACAGAAUCAGUAAAAAACAUUUAUUAGCCAAUUCUGCUACUGGAACAUCUGAAGAUCCUAAAUAAUAUUUUUUUAUAAAUAAAUAAC